GGGCAGCACCAACGUCACAGUUAGCCGGAAGUGUGCGUCGAAAUAUUCAUCCUGUUCAUGGGAGUAAACUUCUUUUCUGUUGUAGACUCAUCAUCUUUGUAUUCUAUAAACUUGUAAUUUAGUUCAGAUUGACAAAACUGUAGAGCGCAGCUGUGAGUUCUGCGAAUCGAUCGCCUGCUGUGUAAAGCACAAGCCGACAUGUGGAGGGGUGCGGCGGGACACAACGUCGACCUGAGCGGGCACAAUGGCGGCGACGCCGACGACGAUGACUGGGAGACGGAUCCCGACUAUUCGAAUCAGAUGUCGGAGCACGACCAGCGCUACGGAGCACCAGACCGCGGCCACGUCGACAUGAAAGAGCUACGGGAAGGCGUGAAGAAAGACGAGGAUAUUUCAAGGGCUGAGCAUGGUCCCAAGUCUUCCCAUGGCUACGGAGGAAAGUUUGGAAUCGAGACGGGUCGAAUGGACAAGGCAGCUAAGGGGCAUGAUUUCAUUGAGAAGGUGGACAAGCAUGCCUCCCAGAAAGACUACUCGGCUGGGUUCGGUGGCAAGUAUGGAGUGCAGGAGGAUCGCGUGGACAAAGCUGCUGUUGGCUGGGACCACAAGGAAUCCGUUGCCAAGCAUGAAUCCCAGAAAGACUACGCGAAAGGGUUUGGAGGAAAAUACGGAGUGGAAACGGACAGGGUUGACAAGUCUGCUGUCGGUUGGGACUACAAAGAAACCGUCGAGAAACACGAAUCACAAAAAGAUUACGCCAAAGGAUUUGGAGGCAAGUAUGGGGUGCAGACUGACAGGGUGGAUAAGUCGGCCGUCGGCUGGGAUCAUCAGGAGAAGCUGCAGCAGCACGAGUCCCAGACAGAUCACGCUAAAGGAUUUGGCGGCAAAUACGGCGUGCAAUCUGACAGAGUGGAUAAGUCGGCUCUCGGGUGGGAUCACAAGGAAAAGCUUGGGAAGCAUGAGUCACAAACAGAUUACGCUAAAGGAUUUGGCGGUAAAUACGGCGUGCAAUCUGACAGAGUGGAUAAGUCUGCUCUCGGAUGGGAUCACAAGGAAAAGCUUGAGAAGCAUGAGUCACAAACAGAUUACGCGCAGGGAUUCGGAGGCAAGUACGGAGUACAGAAGGACCGCGUCGACAAGUCGGCCGCCGGCUGGGAUGACGUGACCAAAGUCGACGCCCACCCGUCACAGGUUGACCACAAGAAGGGCUUCGGUGGAAAAUUCGGCGUGGACGAGCAGAAGGAUAAGGCUGCACAUGGAUAUGACAACGUCGAGCCACUGUCACCAAGCUACGAGAAAACCAGAGCGGACGUGCCUUCAGAGCAGAAAGCCAGCAACCUUCGUGCCAAAUUCGAACAGAUGUCCAAGCAGGAGGAAGAGGAUUCGAAGAAGCGCUUAGAGGAGGAACAAAGGAGACGCAGCGAGCGCGACAAGCGCGAGUCCGAGGAGGAAAAACGUAAAGAGGAGAGAAGACAAGAAAAACUGAGUCAAGAAAGAAAGGAAGAGGAAGAGGCUCACAGGCACGAAGCAGAGAGAAGAGCACAAGCUCAGAAGGAAGCAGAUGAGAAAUCACAGCAGGAGAAGAGGGAGAAGGAAAGGGUCGGGCAAGAGGAAGAGGAUAGGCAGAGAAAACGAGAGGAAGAGGAAGAUAAGACAAGAAGGCAAGAGGAGGAGGAUAGGCAGAGGAAACGAGAAGAAGAAGAAGAUAGAAUUAAGCAGCAACGAGAAGAUGAUAACCGCAAAAAACAAGAGGAGGAGGAGCAGGAGCGCGAGAGAAGGAAACAAGAAGAUGAAUAUAAGCAAAAGCAGAAGGAGGCUGAGGAGGGGAUGAGGGCAGAGGAAGAAGAAUUAAGGAAACAUAGAGAAAAGGAACAAGAGGAAAGACAACUUCUGAAGAAGAAGGAGGAGGAAGAGGCACUGGUGCAGCAGCAGCAUCUGGAGCAGCAGUACCAAUCACGCGGCGAACCGACCGAGGCGACGUCCGACGAGGAUCAGCCGAUGUAUGAGGCCAUCAGAGACGACCCCACGCAGCCGCCGGACGAAGAACUAUACGAGGAUCCAGAUGCGGUGCAGGCAGGCGAUGCCGGGCUGCUGCGUGCGGUGGCCAUCUACGAUUACCAAGCGGCAGACGACGACGAACUGUCGUUCGAUCCGGAAGAAAUCAUCACGAACAUCGAACAGAUUGAUGCCGGCUGGUGGAGGGGAGAGUGCCGCGGCAAGGUCGGCCUGUUUCCUGCUAACUACGUCGAGUUACUGAGCGAUUAGAAACCAAUGUCGUGUUCGGUCGUCCCACGCCCUGCCUCCCCCGUCCCCCGCCCACGUCCAGCAGACCGGUAGAGCAAUGACGAGUUCCCUCGGGGCGGGAGCAAUUGAGCCAAUCGGGGACGACGAUCUUUUCUCGGGGAGCGAGGUUUUUUUCGUUUCUCUUUGCGUAGUUGACGGCGACUGUGACGUCUCCGGCAUCGUGCGUCGCCGUGGCAAUGCGGGGGCGGUGCGCGUCGCGAUCGAACAGAAACGACGUCACGCCGCGCACGCGUUGGUGUCAGUGUCGGCGGCGAUUACUUAUUAGUGUGUGAGAGAGGGAGGGUGAUAACCGCGAUCUCUGAUGUUCGAUAUUCCUGGCAACUCUAAAACCAGACUUUGAGAUGAAAACAGUGGGCUUUCCGUCGGCGCAAUUGGAUCUUCAUGCUGUUUUGUACGCAGCGGCGCAUAGUCGUAUCACUCCGCAAAGCUGAUUAUCUGCGCGGGCAUUCUUGAUCGCUAAAGAAAAUUUCCCGAGAGCAUCCGGGAAUGAUCGGCUAAUGGUGCGGUGAAGAGGCGGCUUAUUACGACGGAAUAUGGCGGAUGUAGCAUAUCAAAUCGUGCGUUCAGUUGUUGAAUUUUAUAUACCGGUAAUUUUUUUUUUUAUCUUGAAGUUAUUGUACGAAAAUCGUGACAUUUAACUUGAAUUUGUCUCCGUCAUGUUCUAUGUGUUCGUGACUCGUGUUUCUGUUAGUAAUUUGUCGCACCAUGUACUUCUGAAAUGUUAGAACAAGGUAUAUAUUAUUUCAUUUAAAUAGUAAUCCGUAUGUGGAGAGAGCAUGAAAAAUGCUGGAACGUUUGAUAGUUGUAUGAUUUACUCUUCAUUAUUAUUCAUUGUACUGGCAUUCACUGUUAGUUUCCUGAGAUGAUCCAUAUUGAUAAUGGCAAAUAUCUUUGAAAAAAAAAAACUAUUCAAUCAAAACGUUCUGUUGUUUCCAGUAAUGCGACCUGAAUUUGAUUCGGCAGCAUAUGGAGGGUAGUCGUAUGUAUAUACUACUUUAUCUCGCCUAUGUAUAAUGCAUGAUUUUUUUACAACGUGUCGUAAUUGAAAAUUAGCGAUGAUGCAAUUUAACAGGUGCGGGUAUACAUUGCUAACCUAUGAAUUUAUUCUGAUGCUGGUGCAUGCAGAUAGCACCGCGUGAAAUGAAUCGCGAUAUUUUUCGUAUUUUACGCGUACUCGCGCCUUAUUAACGCAAGCACGCCGAUGAGAGGUAACUAUCACGCAGUCGGCAGUCAGCCGCUGACGUAAAUUCACGAAUUAAUUAUGUUAAAUACGAAUUAAGUAUGUGAAGUAGAAAUGCCGUUGCUGUUGCAUGACGAUCGCCGAGUGUCUGUGAACUAAACUGCUAAGCUAGCUGUGUAUUUUUGAUCUGUGAUGACGAGAGUUGACCGAUACUGUUUUAUAAGCUUAAUUCCUGGCGGCGGGUCACUGCUAGAAAUAGCUUAGUUUUUUCUCGUACUAUAUACGAUAGUAACCAGCUUACCACAGUGCUAGUGAACAUUUGCCCUCUUCGUGAUCUUACGUGCUGAGAUGCAUAGUCGCGUGGUUGACAUUUGACACAACACGUUUGACACACACGCACACGUGAGUAUUUAAGUUCGACAACGUGACAAAAAGGCAUCUAGAUGCGACGCAGGGUGGGUAAGACGAAUACGUGACCAAACGAUGCUGUGACGAUUUUUCAAGGGGUGAAAAUGGUGAUGUGUUGGUGUACCGAAGGAUGUAUGAAUGUAGAUCAAAAAAAUUUAUGACUAAAUUCUGUCUAAAUCGUUCUGUCUAGUUCUCUCGCUCCAUAUAUUCUCUGGUGAUUGAUUAGGUAAGCUACGUGUAUUAUUCUCUGGGUCUAUCUGUUAUCAAAUGUACCGGUAACCAAGGGCGAGCGAAACCAUUUCGUUGAAACGUGAAACGCGAAUUUGUUAUAAUCACGAGUAAUAAAUCCUUUAUUAUAGAGAUAAAACAAACAA